GGGCUCCACUGGGCUGGCUGGAGCCCGGGCAGAGAGAGGGGAGCACCCAAGUGGGGCCAGAGGGACAUUGUGUGCAGCAGCGAGGAGCCUGCAGAGGUAUGAGGGGAGGGGAGGGCCGGGCGUUCUGUUCCUUGAGCAGGAGAGGAGGAACAUGGCGCUGCUCCGGGGACUCCUGGUGCUCUGCUUGUCCUGCCUGCAAGGCCCCUGCUCUGCGUUCUUUCCUGUGAGCGCCAUGGAGCCCCUGGGCCAGCAGCUAAUCAGCGGGAUGUCGCAGGAGAAGCUCUCCCCGAUAAUCUUCCUCAAGUUGGGCAACCAGGAGGCUGGUGGCCAGGUUGCCCUGAAGAAGGCCCCAGGAGACUGCAAGGCGGCCCCCACCCCAGAGCAGACCCGCAGGCUGGCCCAGGCCAUGAUGGCUUUCACCACAGACCUAUUCUCCCUCGUUGCCCAAAGGUCCACCAGCCCCAACCUCAUCCUGUCGCCUCUGAGUGUGGCCCUGGCACUGUCUCACCUGACACUGGGUGCUCAGAACCAAACGCUGCAGAGGUUGCUGCAGGUGCUACAUACAGACUCAGGGCCCUGCCUCCCCCACCUGCUGAGCCGCCUCAGCAGGGACCUGGGCCCUAGGGCAUUCCAAUUGGCUGCCAGAAUGUACCUGCAGAAAGGAUUUCCCAUCAAAGAGGACUUCCUGGAACAAUCGGAGCAGCUCUUUGGCGCAAAGCCCAUGAGCCUGACGGGAAGUAAAGAGGAUGACCUGGCAAACAUCAACCAAUGGGUGAAGGAGGCCACGGAGGGGAAGAUUGAGAAUUUCCUCUCGGAGCUGCCAGAUGAUACAGUGUUGCUUCUUCUCAAUGCCAUCCACUUUCAGGGUUUCUGGAGGAACAAGUUUGACCCAAGCCUCACCCAGAGAGACACUUUCCACCUGGACGAGCAGUUCACGGUGCCGGUGGACAUGAUGCAAGCCCGCACGUACCCUCUGCGCUGGUUCUUGCUGGAGCAGCCUGAGAUACAGGUGGCUCAUUUCCCCUUUAAGAACAACAUGAGCUUCGUGGUCAUUGUGCCCUCCCACUUUAAGUGGAACGUGUCCGAGGUGCUGGCCAACCUGAGCUGGGACAUCCUGCACCAGCCCUUGCUGCGGGAGAGGCCCACCAAGGUCCAGCUGCCUAAGCUGCAUCUGAAAUGCCAGCUAGACCUGGUGGGCACUCUCAGACAGCUGGGCCUGCAGGAGCUGUUCCAGGCCCCAGACCUGCGUGGGAUCUCUGACCAGAGACUGGUGGUGUCCAGCGUGCAGCACCAGUCCACUCUGGAGAUCAGCGAGGCUGGCGUGGAGGCGGCUGCGGCAACCAGUGUGGCCAUGUCCCGCAUGUCCCUCUCCUCCUUCAUCGUGAACCGCCCCUUCCUCUUCUUCAUCCUCGAGGACACCACAAGCCUGCCCCUCUUUGUGGGCAGCGUGAGGAACCCCAACCCUGGUGCGCAGCAGGAGCGCAAGGAGCAGCAGGACUCUCCGGACAUCAGGGACUUCUUCCAGAACCUGAAAGCCUUUCCCCGUGGAGACAAGCCCUUUGGCCCUGACUUGAAACUUGAGCCUCCCUCGGAGGAGGAGGAUUAUCCCCAAUUUAACAACCCCAAAUGAGGGGCCGUGGCUGCCAGCAUCCUGAGUCCCUGCCAGGGCCAGCCUCUCAACUGAUGUGACUCUAUCCAAACAGCUUCGUGGGAUUAGGGGCGGGGGCCUACGUGGGCAGUCUGGGAGAGGAGAGGAGCCAUUCUCUCCCAUCUCCUGUUGGGGAGUUUGGGGUAGGGUGGGGCCGGGAGGAGGGCAGGCAUCAGGGAAUUGUGGGCCUUGAUCCCACAUCAUUUCUUCCAAAGGGGCUCAAAGGUUGUCCUUGUUGGGGCUUGGGCAGAGGGGUGGCUAUGGAUUCACUUUUGUCAGGAAGGUAGGUAGGUUGUUCCCUAAGUCGGCUGGGGCAACUCCACAUUUGUUUACCAGAGAGGGAGGGACAGGGGGGAUUGGAUACCCUGCCUGGGAGAGGAGAGACAGGCCCUGGGGGUGGCCCUGGGGGCUGAGCUCUGUCCUGGGUUAGACACUGUGGGUCAGCCUUGUCCUUCUCUGUGGAUGGAGGCCGAGCAUCCCACAUACCUGCCUCUGCCAUGACCUGCCCAAGGCCCACCAGCCUCCAGCCCACCCUGAUGCCCUGUCACCUCCAUCUCCCCACUGGUCCUUGGAGGUACCAACACUGCCAGGACUCCCCUUCCUUCCUUUCUCCUCUUUCUCCUCUGCCCUUGUCUCAGGGGCUGAGGCGGGGUGGUGGGGGAGGCCGUUAGCUUCCUAAGGCUCUUUUGUAAAGUUUUUGUAGUGAUUUUUAUGUCACCUGAAUAAAGAAUGAAUGGGCCUGGC